AUGCAUUUGUCAAUGGAUACCCUGGGAAUAGUGGACGAUAGUUGCCUGGAAAACUAUGACAUGGCAAAAGGUGCUGGGUCAAGCAGUGGAGGCAGGGUCCACAGUAUCGAUGUCAUACUGGGAUUCACUAAAGACCAGGACCCUUUACUCCAUUCUGUAGGAGAUGUUGACAGCCAAAAAGCCAAUGGAGAAAACCCACAGCACCCUGAAAAGCAGGUCCCGUCAGACCCCUAUGGCCACCUUCCAGAAAUGGGCGACAGCGCGCAACAUUCUUCCUACCAUGAAUCUGACCUCUUCUCCGGUGACAAGUGUGAUGGAGAAAUGAGUGACCUGCAGAAGGAAGUGGACGUUGCCGAGGGAUCUCCACAGACCAUAAAAGAGGAGGAAGAGCACACUAAAAAGAAACACAGAAGGAAUCGUACCACCUUCACCACCUAUCAGCUUCAUGAGCUGGAGCGAGCCUUUGAGAAGUCCCAUUACCCAGACGUCUACAGCCGCGAGGAGUUGGCAAUGAAGGUCAACUUGCCUGAGGUUCGAGUGCAGGUGUGGUUCCAGAACCGCAGAGCUAAGUGGAGACGUCAAGAAAAGAUGGACACUAGCACCAUGAAGCUCCAUGAUUCCCCCAUGUUAUCCUUCAGUCGUCCCCCGAUGCCUCCCAACUCCGGUCCAGUGGCUAACCCGAUGCCUCUAGAUCCCUGGCUGACCUCACCCAUCUCCAGUGCCACGCCUAUGCAUACCAUUCCAGGGUUCAUGGGCUCACCGCAGGGCUUGCAGCCUGCCUAUCCAAGCCACAGCUUCCUCAACACCCCUCCUGGCAUGGUCCAAGGUAUGCAGCCCAUGGGCCCACCUCCCUAUCAGUGCCCUCCCAGCUUCAAUGAUAAAUACCCAAUGGAGGACGACAGGAGUUCCAGCAUCGCAGCUCUCAGGAUGAAGGCCAAAGAGCACAUUCAGUCAAUGGAUAAAACCUGGCAACACAUGUGA